AUGACGGCCAACAUAAAUGACCCCAAUACAAAGUAUGCCCACAAGCCUGAGCCCCAAGAGACUCCUACCAAAGACAAGCUCCUCUUCUUCAACUACCAUGAAUUUCUUACCUCCGACUACAAGUCGAACCAGUCCAUCACUACUGACACGUCGUUAGUGGUUAACCACUUCCCAAACAACUAUGAAGCCAAGGAGUCCCUCCAACACUCGUCAACCAGAAUCGUCCGUAUUCCCCGAGUAUAUGACACCAACCGCUACUCUGACGUGAUCCCCCAGUUCUCAGUACACGUUCCCGGCAAGGAGCCUGCUGCGUUGACUGGGUCCAGCAGCGAGGCAGACCAGGGAUAUGAGGUCUCGGGAGUGUUUGACGAUAACUGGUUUGGGCUUACCUCGCUAACCCCGUUGGUUCCUGGAUGGCUUUCUGUCGAGGAGUUCACUGCCAUUGUCACCCGGAUCAACCAGUUGUUGUACGAUGCUUUGAACCCAUUUGAUUAUCGAAAUGCGUUCCAAAGCGUGCUUGAUGUGAUGAGCGGGGGAACCCUUUCAUUACUAGUCAACCCGUACUCGAAGAAGAAACUCCUCGAAUUGGAGAGCUACAUCGACACAGACGUUAACGUGAAAUUGGCAGAGAAAUGCAAGGGUCUUAAAGUGAUUCCCUUGCGGCAGUCGGGAUACUUGUCGCUAGACUUCCAGGUGCCUAGGCCCCAUCAGUGA